UUUGUUUUGAUUGAGAGAAAAACAAAUUCAUCUGAGAAUUUUGUUUCUCAACAUUUGAUUAACUUAAUAUUCUUAAUUUAAUUGUGAUUUAAUUUUCUACCAUUAAUGUCAAUUGUCAUUAUCUAUUCCACCAAUUGACCGGAACAUUCACUGAGAAUCUUUUCUACAUACUAAUGAUAUUUUUAAUUUAUUUUUCUUUCUUUUCUUUUGUUUUCUCUUCUUCUUUUGCUUGAUUUGAUUUUAUUUUUUUCCUUUCCAACAAUAAUACCAUUUGAUUCAAUUGUUUUUCUAUUUUUCACAUAAUCUAAUCUCAUUUCAUUGUCCAUUUUCUUCCUGUGAUUAACUUUCAAUUGUUGGGUUGUCUCUGUUUCAUUUGUUACAACUCUUAUGUUUAUUUCCUUUGUGUCGCGAUGUCAACAACUGAAAAUUCUAAAUCAAAACAUGGAGAACCAGAUAUUUGUCGUAAAACCGAAGAUCUUAUUGAGCUUAACACUUCCAUUGGUUUAUGGUUGAAACCAAUUUCGAAAAUAAAUGUUUCUGUUGCUUUACCAUGUACUAAACAAACUGGACAAUGUAUUGGUACUCUUGCUGUCGCCGAGAAGUUGAAAAAACGGAUCAAACCUUAUUCAUUCAAGAAUCUUAAGGUGCUCAAAUCAACAUUGGAACUCAUCAGAUUUGAAGCUGAACUGGAAUCUAAGUCAAUCAUGGAAACGGUUGUUGCUAAACUUGAUCGAACCACGUUAAAAUUAAAUGGUUUUACUGAACUAAUUAAAGUGAAAGCAGCUAAGGUUAAAUUAAAAUCAAGUCGCCACGAGUGGGAAACCUUUUUUCGUGAUGAUUCAAGUAUGGAUGAAACUAAACCAGGUCUAAGAGCUGAUACCAUUCACUUGAAGAAUCUUCCUCUCAAAUGGUUCGGUGGUGAUAAACCAAAGCCUCAAAUUUUAUUAGACGUUUUUCAAGUUUUCGGUGAUAUAAGACGGUAUCAUAUUCCUUGUUUAGACUCAACUGAAUCAACUGGCGAUGAUCAGAAUAAAAAAGAUUCUGAUUCUGGUUUUAAGAGGUUCAAUUUUCAUGAGAUUCUAACCUUUGAUGCCUUCAUCAUGUACAGGGAUUAUAUUGGCUUCGUGAAAGCAAUGGACGGACUGAUGGCAAAGAAACUGGUCAAAAAGUUGGAUCAAAUCGAUAAAUAUUUAGAAUAUGAGUUUAUUGUUGAUUUUGACAAAACCAAACAUUUAAGUGACAAGUCGAUUAAAAAGAGAACGCUACUUCGACGCUAUGGCCUGAAAGAUGUGAAAGAAUUGAAAGAUUUUAAGGAACAUGCCAAAAAAGAGAAACUUCGAUAUGAAGAAAGGUUCAGCCUAUUGAAAGAUCGUAAAAAUCGAGCAGAGAAACUGUUCAAAUUGUUAUUGGUCGAGGUGGAGAAACAAGUAAAAGCCAAAAAAGAAGCCGAAGAAGCGAAAAGAGAAGCCGAAAGAUUAGUAAGAAAAAUUUUAGAAGAUGAAGAAAAAGCGAGAGAAAAAUUAGCUGAGGAGAAACGUUAUGAGAUGAAGAGGAAACAUUCAUCGUCCAGUGGACAAGGUUUGAAAAGUAUCGCUGUGUCUCUGUCCAAAGAAUUGACAUGUCCAAAGGAAUCGAACAAUAAUCGACACAACUUGAAAAGUAUCGCUGUUCCAUUAUAUCGAGAAGAAAGUGAUCGAAACAAUCAGAGAUUCGACCAGGACAAUAGACGAUAUCAUCAUCACCAUCAUCAUAGUAAUAACCAUAAUCAGAACCACAACAACUACACUUAUAACAAUAGAUACAAUAAUCAUCACGGAAACAAUAAUAGUAACAACAAUUUUCCAUCACAAUCAUCUUACCAUCACCGAUCUCAUUCUCAUUCACAGAAUUCAAAUCAACAAUCUUCUAAUCAUCAACAAACAAUUACCCGAUCGACUCGUCUUGAUGUUCCUUAUCAAAGAGAUUCUAGUGUUCGAAGUGUACAAAGAAAAUUGAAACGAAAUCGCAAUCUACUUGUUCAAGUCACUUGGCGAAAUGAUGAUAAUUGAUUAAAAGUAUUUCUUGUUAAAA